GACAAACCAAGAAGAAUUAGAUGUACACAACAGAUCCCUGGCAGCCGUAACUGAGAUGUCCGAUUUUGUCACCUGCUGCUCACCUUGAUAGUCGUACGUAUUGUACUUGUCAGCUGGUGUCUUAUCAGCACAUCAGUGGGAGUGUUCUGAUCUAGACCGACCAGUUGUGUUGCGUUAAAAGUCGCCAUGGGUACAGCACGGGGCCCUCACAUCUCAGACGUGGAUGUAGAAGACAUCCAGGAGGCUUCGUUAGAGAGAGAGACUGAGAGAGACGGUCAGGCUGUGAAGAUGCGUUGCUUCAGGCCUCCAAGAAAAUUUCCACGUUAUGAAGAAGACAAGCUGUCACCUGGCAGAGAAGGCUUCAGAUAUGAGCUCUGCAGGAUUAUGCGGCCCGAUGAUGCAAACAUUGCGGGCAACGUGCACGGGGGCAACAUUCUGAAGAUGAUAGAGGAAGCAGGAUGCAUUGUCAGCACACGACACUGCAAUACACAGAAUGAGGACCGUUGUAUGGCUGCUUUGGUCCGGGUGGAAAAGACGGAGUUCUUGUACCCCUUGUUCAUCGGGGAGGUCGCCCACGCCACCGCUGAGAUCACAUUCACCUCGCAGCACUCGCUGGAGGUGCAGGUCAAGGUCAUCGCUGAGAACAUCCUCACAGGUGCCAAAAAGCUGGUCAACAGGGCGGUGCUGUGGUACGUCCCCUGCUCUCUGCAGAAUGUCGACAAGGUCAUGGAAGUGCCACCCAUCAAGUACGAUAGUGGAGAACAAGAGGAGGAGGGUCGAAAACGCUACGAGGCUCAGAAGACGGAGAGACUGAAAACCAAAGAAAGGAUUGAAGAGGUUGUGCCGCCUCCAUCCAAACCAGAAAAGCACACAGUCGGAUUCAGCCAAUCCAGCCUGAUCCAUCUGGUGGGUCCUUCUGACUGCACCCUCCACGACUAUGUACAUGGGGGACAUUUAGGAAAUACAAAAGCGACCGUGAUGGGAUUGGUACACUCAACUUUCUCAUCUAGAGGUAGAAGCACGACAGGCGUGACCAUGAAGUUGAUGGAUGAAGUAGCGGGCAUUGUGGCAGCACGUCACUGCAACACCAAUAUAGUCACUGCUUCUGUUGAUGCCAUCAACUUCCAUCGCAAGAUCCAGAAAGGUUGUAUAGUGACUGUCACGGGUCGUCUCACGUUCGUCAGUAACAAGUCCAUGGAGAUAGAAGUGCUGGUAGAUGCCUGCUCGCUGGUUGAUGCUGAGAAAGUCAGCUAUCGUGCCGUAUCGGCUUUCUUCACUUUCAUCUCGCUGGACCGCUUUGGUAAAGCUCAGCCUGUUCCCCCUCUUAAGGUGAGCGGGGAGGAGGAGCAGAGGCGUUAUGAUGAAGGGCAAACUCGUUACCUCCACAAUAAAGCCAAGAGACUUGCAGAGAAGGAAGGCAAGCAGUGAGACCGCCACAACGCCACACUGAAGGAAAUCAAGCCUGCUCUCCUUUCUCUUCCUCUCCUGUAAUUGUAGCUUAGUCUUACAACUUGACCAAAGAGUUCAUACAGUAUCGGCUCCAUAAGAGAAUUAUUUUAAUGUAACUGCUAUUUUAUGAUGAGAUUAGAGAACAGUAAUAUAUUGAGUACAAGAUGGGAAAAAAAACCACAUGAAUAAUAAUGAAUAAAAUAUCCAAGCAUGAGUCUGGGUUCUCGCAUCAUGUCCUUUGCUCACUUGAUGAUGAUGAUGAUGUCAUUGUCUUGGGCAUGCCUUGGCAGAGAGGACACACGCUAUUCAUCUUUUCACCAUGUGAGGGAAGGGCUGGGAUUGCAGGGGUGGCUUGGGGGGCUUUGACUCAACUCGCAUCUCUCCCACACCCCGAUGGGGGAGGGAUGUGUGAAGACCUCUCUGGCCUCUCUUGCGUUCAUUCUCUGCCAUCACACUCCUGCCUUCCUGCUCUCUUCCCUUGGUCAUGUAGCAGCAGGACAAGUGUGUGUUGGCUCGGUAUUUUGGUGUUUUGUCACUGUCUCGCUCUUUAUUUUCACUUUUUUUUUUUUUUUUUUGGGCCUCAGACGGUCUUGUUUGGUUGCCCCAGUUAUUCUUCCAUGUUGACUGCCAGAAUCCUUAUCAGAAACACCCAAGUUAAAUGUCAUUUCCACCUAUGAAGCACUAGUUCACAGGCACUUUUCUGAUGGUACUGGGCAAUACAUUCUAAUAUAAUGUUAUUAUUGCCUUACAUUCAUACAUGUAAAGUAAUGUUUCAAGUAACCUUACACAGCUAUCGUCUACAUACAUUAAGUGCAAAAAGAAGUUAACCAAGUAAGUUGUCUGUUUGAAAUGUUUGAUUCAAAACUAACAAUAACAGAUCCAACUAAACUAAAUAGAGAGACAAAACUGCCUUUUGUUUCUACUCACCGUUUUCCCCGAUGCAGGCACAAAAUGAUUUGUCAUUGGAUCUUUAAGGUUGCCUGUGCCCCCCAGGUUCCCUGUUCAGCAGUGCGCUAGCUUUUUAUUUCCCCUCCCCAUGGAAAUAAAGUUAGGCUCAAGCUUCCACUGAGGGGCGUAAUGCGGGGUGUGGGGGCUUGUAUCUAUUUAUAAACCUAGCAAGGUUGAGGCAUCUUGUGGGGAAAAAAGAGAGUAGAAUCCAUAUCGCAUGACUUGAUGACUUACUGAAAGUGUUGGCGUAAUGAAGAAACGUAUGGACCCAAUUACAUUGCAAGGACAAUUACAUGCUGUGCUCGAAAACAUUCAUCAUUAUACUUUACACAGCAGCCAUUUCUUUUGUGCUGCUUGCAGCUGGCUGUAAUAUGUGGAGACACUAUGUGGUAACCAUGGUUACCAACAAUAUGUGACAUCAAGCAGUUUUGAAAUGGAUGCACUGUGCACGGUUAAGUGACUUUCACUGUAGUUUGUCUUUAGAGUGCAUUAAAAAAAUAAGCAUUUUUCAUACGCACAA